AGGCUCUUCCGAGCUUCUGAAAAAGGCUACGAAAAAGCACAAUGUUUUGGUUCCAAGGCGGUUUCCCAGUGAGAACAAGCGAAAGUACCCAUCUCAAUGGACGAUUCUAUGGUAAUCAAAAACACUGUGUCUCGCGACAAGCGUUGAACGCGAGAGGCGGAAGCUGGUGAAGGCACCUUCCAAAGUCGAUAAACAUUCAUGGGUGCCUGCUAGAAAUGAUCUGAGGCCUCACUUUGUCGAGCGUCGCUUCCCUCACAACACGUACAGGCCGUCACAAUCCGGAGGCUUCUGAAGCCAUACUACUUCCCUAUAUUAACGCCCUCUCUCACAAUCUCUUCCUUCCAUCAACCAUUAACAUCAUGGCGUCUGGUCUGGACAGCAUGGCCGACAUGUCGUCAGCGCUCGAGCAGCAGCCUGUCGUUGUCUACCCAGUUCUCAAUCGAGACGAUCCGCGCGCCAACUAUCGAACCACAGAACUGGUUCUCCAGGCAAACUUCUUUGAAAUUACAAAGCUCCCACCCCGCCUGUGUCGGUAUGCAAUCACUGCUACCGUUCCCUCGAGGACAGGUCCCAAGACCAUCACCAAUCGCGAGCUUCUGGAGCAGAUCAUCGCAAACAUCCUGCCAUCGGAGUCAUCAGUGCUUUGUGACAGUAAUUUCCCCUACUACACGGACUAUCAACGCUUCAUCAUCAGUCCAGAACCGCUUCCGAAUCAUCAGCUUGUGAUUGAUCAGCCUGAAAGCCUAUCGUCGUACUACGAUUCAGUGCCACCCGGCAGCAGACACAUCGUCACAGUCACCAUAACUCGCUUGCCCGAUCAGGACACCUCGGUGCUCGCUGAAGGCUGGCAGCCAGGCCUCGAAUUCUUUGACCAGACAGAUGUCUUGACACCCCUCAACAUCGUGUCGCAGUUCCCUGUGCGCGAACAGAGACCUUCCCAAACCUGGGUCAACGCCGCAAGAAACAACUACUUCGAAAGAGACGCUCCUCCUAUCCUCAUACCCUCCAUUGCCUCCAACAACACAUCGUGUGAUCUUCAUCUACGCCGUGGUUUCUAUGUGUCAGUCCGACCUGCACUGGGUGGCAGACUACUACUCAAUGUCAAUGCCGCAAACUCGGCCUUUUUCAAUGAAGGUACGGUUGCUGGCCUCAUCGGUGCCUACUUCGCCAGGUUUGACGCGUCAGAUGGUCACACCUUGGCCAACCUCUUGAAGGGCAUCCGUCUACAUCUCAUGUACUUCAGCAAUAACGGUCGCAACGAACGCAUCUCCGGGGAAAAGUCUCUGCAUUACGGCAAGGUCGUGUCGGUGGUCGAACUAGAGCUGGACCCUGCAAAGAUCAGACAAGGGCUUGCACGUCUCGGUCUUCCGGACCAGAACUACUCCAACCAUGUUGCCUUGUGGGUUGGUUCUAGACAAGACCCCAUUUUGGUCCCAGCAGCUUUGCUAUGGAUUGAGCCUCAUCAAAUUCUUCGUGCCACACUGGACCAUCAGCUGAUCAGUACCAUGAUAAACACGGCGCGCCAGACCCCAUCCGCGAACCUAGCACUAAUAACUCAAAAAUAUCGACCAGCUCUCACUCCCGCAGGGCUCGAUCUACUGCAGAUUUCUAAUGAUCCACUUGUGGUCAGCUCCGGCAAAGUCCUCUUUCCGCCAGAUGUCAGGUACCAUUCCAGAGGCAUCAAGGAGAUUGACUGCAUGACAGGUUCAUGGAACCUGAAGGGAAUCAAGAUCAAGUCCUCUCAUCCGUUUGAUCAGGCUGUCUUUCUGGUUCGCCAAGACGCGCAUGACUUUGGUGGCAUCUCCAAGAAGUGUAAACAGCUAAUUCUCAAUAUCUCCAAGAUUUGCACACCUAGCUACAAGCCCCAUCUCACCAAAGUCGAAGCACUUCCAAACUUGGAGCCUGCAACUCUCCGCGCCUGGCUGAGACCAAAGACGACUACACCGAAGCACGUCUUCGUAAUACUAGACAGACCGGGCUUACAGCCAGCCACUUGGGCUGACAUCAAGUUGUUCGAGAAGGAGACCGGCGUCCUUAACACGGUCAUCAGAGCUGAUGGACUUUGCACUGACAUUAGUUUCGCCACAAACAUCGCUCUGAAGGCCAACGUCCAGUACAAAGGGAUGAACCAAAAUGUAGCUUUGGACAUCCCUUUCGACACGAUGCUUGUCGGUGGUGAUGUUACUCACCCUGGUCAGACUGCAGUAGAUGCUGCCCCCUCGAUUGCAGCCGUCGUUGCAAGCACCGACUCAAAGUUUUCCCAGUACCCCGGAAGUACAAGAUUACAGCUCGGGAAACAAGAGAUCAUGACUGAGCUUAAAGACAUGAUGGUCGAGCGGCUGCAGGCGUAUCGCUUGAAGAACAACAAGUUUCCCAGCAACGUCUUGUUCUUCCGCGAUGGUGUCAGUGAAGGGCAAUUUGCACAGGUCAAAGCAAAGGAGGUCCCUCAAAUUGUAGAAGCUUGUGAAGAGGUCGCUGGAAAGGAUGUGAAGAUCAAUAUCACCUUCAUCAUUGUCAGCAAGCGUCACAACACCCGUCUAUUCAAGAAGGCUCAGACCGACAAGCAAUUCCUGGACCAGAGGCAAGAGAAUUUCAGGCCUGGUGUGGUUGUCGACAACUCUAUCACUUGCCCCGGAGAUAACGACUUUUACAUACUGUGCCACAAAGCUCUAGCAGGCACCGCCAGAUCUUGUCAUUGCUUCGUGGUCGAGAACGAGAUGAACCUCAGUGCCUUCCAUCUUGAGUCUAUUGUCUUUGGACUGGCAUACACCUACGCUACCAGCACAAAAUCGGUCUCAUAUGCUACUCCGGCAUACUACGCAGACAAACUGUGUGACCUUGCUCGUAGUUGGUUGAACGCAGUCUAUGUCCGAUACUCCAAACAAUAUCGCGAAGAGAACACCGAGAUUGGCCUUAGGGAGCAUUUGAAGGAGAAAAUGCUCCAUGUUCGCACCCGAGGUAUGACACAGAAGGAGAUCCGCCGUGUGCAGGCGAAGAUCGUGCUCAACAUCGUCAAGACCAAGAUAUGGAUGAAGGGCAUCCCAGAUGGUUCGGCCAAUCCCUGGCACAGCGACCUCGAUGACGUGAUGUUCUACCUUUGAGCAUUGACUGGAUGAUUUUUGGUUGCUCGUUGCUCGGCGGAGUGGAAAAUUCAUGGAAAUCGAUGGACAAGGUCAUCAAAUAGAUAAACAACAAUCAAGAUGAUUGCAAAACGCGUGUUCUCGUCCUUCAUAAAUAGCUGAACCCAUGAUGGACUCCAUCUUAUGUCCGAUGAGAAGCUUUCAAGCUUCAGCUCUGUCUGGCCAACAC